AUGACCGUUGCCGGUCCACACCGCAUGCGACGACAUCGUGCUCGAAUGCCGCCACCGAUCAGGCCACGCCCCUCGCCACGACUCACCGAGUCGCCGCCCGUUCGUGUCGCGCGCCAAUCGCUUCUUCUUCUUCUUCACCUGCGGAAACGGGAUCCGCCAGCUGUGGAGGCGUGGCCAAUCCACAGUCCACACGUCCAUCCAGCUACUUCAUCGCGAUCCGCUCCUCAUUUUUAUGACUCGAUGAAGGAGUUCGUACAAUUCUGGAACCGCACGCUUCAGAAGAUCGUCUCGAAGAGUUCUUCUGUUGCUGUCAAGAUCAUGUUGGGAAGAAGAAACAGCUGA